AUGUCUGAGAAAGAUCUGAUGGACUACCUGAAGAAAGAAGAAUAUUAUAAAGAAAAAAAUGACAUUGAAAUAUCUGGGCCUCUUGUGCAACCAGAAUAUCCCGAAAUUUCAAGCGUAAAAACACAAGUUAUGAUAUUGCCAUUAUCUUUGGAAGACGAGGUUCAAACGUGUGGGACAGCAAAUGUUCUGAAAGAAUUUGCCAAAAAUUUGAACAUUAAAUGCUCGAAGAAUACAGAAUAUAUUGUAUUCAAUGAGAAAAAUAAUAAAUUUGACAUUAAAGCAGCAAGAGAAAGAUAUAUUUUCUACAAAGAAAUGGAACAACAUCAAAACGACAUGAUUUCGUUGAAACAUCAAUUUGUGUCGCAUCGAUCUUUUCCUAAACAUGAUGACAAUCAUAGCGGUAGUGACGAUCUGGAGGAUAAUCUCAUCGGUGUACAAUCUGAAAAGUUGGCAUCGAGUUUCAAAACUAAAAUGAAACAGAUUUCAUCACACAUGUCAAAACUUUUGAAGAAGAUGAAGUUGCUAGUGCAAGAUAAGAAUAUUUCUGAUGCGUAUUCGGCAGUAAAACUUCAUAUUUCAGAGUGGAUAGGGCAGGUAGGUAGAUGGAUACGAGUGCAACCUCCUUCACAUGGCUGUUGAGACUGAAAACAAAAAGCUGGUAGAGGCUCUCUUACUUUCCGGAGCUCCAGUAAACUCUUUAGAAGGAUGCGGAUUAACACCCUUGAUGAUAGCAAUAAAUACCAAUAAUCUCGAUUUGGUGAAGAUAUUAAUUCAGUAAGUCACUUUACCAUGUAAAUGUAUAAUAAGGUUUUUUUAGACUGUCUAUACAGUGUCUAUACAGUUCUAAAAUAAGGAAAUGUCUUGAGAGUGUAACUCUGUGUGAAAUUAAUAGUUUGAAUCCAUGGUAACUCGUUCAAGAGGAAAAAGUUAUUAUAUAUACAGGAUGUAUAUGUACUGUAACUGCAAAACGUCAGAGUGCUAAAGAAACUAUGUAUAGAUGUGAAACUAUUAAACCUUAUUCUGCAACUACCAUUUAUAUAGAUAUGGUGCAAGGUGUGACGGAACAUUUCCUGGGAACAUACCAUCACGUCUUCAGAUUGCUGAAUCAAUAAAGGAUGAAUCAAUUUAUAAUUGCAUAAUUGAACACAUUCAAGAAAAAAAUACCAUUACUGCUUCUGUUUUUGAACUACUUGACGAACAUGUUGACACUGCUGAACAACUGUCCGAGCAUGCUAACACCUCAUCAAAUGCAGAAGAUACAACAGCAGCAAAGCGUCCGUUGAGAGAUCAUGUUAUAACUGUGGGAGAUGUUAAAACCACUAUGACUAUUAGAGGGGUAAGAAAUAGAUCUCCUGAUGAAUUUGGUUCUUUCACAGAAGCGCCGGGUGAUUUCCACACACAAGGAUAUAUUACGCAGUGCAUAGCAAGAAUAAUGGGACCUGGUGGAUUCUACUAUGUUGCAAGGCAAGUGCUAAACAGAUUGAAAGUAACACCGAAAUCGUUCGAAGACAUUUUAAUCAUGGUAACUUUCAAAGAAACUUUAAUGCCAUUGAAGAUUUUUUCUGGGGAGUUAUGGUAGCUUGUGUAAAGGAAUUUCAGUCGUCGACUUUUUUUCCACCAAGCUAUAUAAUUGAAGAUUAUAAAAAGAAAGAUCAAGAAUAUAGCAAAUUUGUGUUAAAGUGCUUCAAAGAUUGGCUGGACUAUAACAAAACGGACAGCACAUUUGAAUAUUUUUAUUUGUUUUUGACUAAGUUUGGACCUCUUCUGUACAAACUUCGCCAAGCAGUAAGAAUGGGUAAUGGAAAAGCAAGGGAGGCUUGUUGGAUAGAGUUAACACCUAUUUUUGCAGCAUUCAACAAAAAAAACUACAAAACUGAGAGUUUAGUACACAUGCUAAAUUUUACAGCACUUUGGCCCUUAGCCUACAGAGAAAUGUUCCGCCGUAACUGCAGUGUUAAUGUUAAAGGAAAACACGGACAUAACUUUGCAAUUGAUGAAUACAUGGAGACAUUUGUUGUUAAGCCUGUAAAGCUGUAUGGUCGGAAACAAACAACAAUCGAAAUGUUAGGGAAGAUUUGUAUGAACAUUGAACUCCUUGAACAUAUCAAAUCGAUAUACCAACAGAGUUUUGACACCAGUAUAGGAGGGAAAUCUUCUGUACCUGAUCCAACACCAGACUGGAUUAAAGUUGCAUGGUUUGCAAUACAUCAUAAAUGGCUGAUAAAUGCACAAAGAAAGACAGUUAAUUUAUACCCACAUGGAAAGAAAGAACUAAGCGAUCUUGCUGACAUUCCAAAAGAAUGCUUGAAUGUAGAAGAGAGAGGAUGUAACAAGAUUAAAGAGAAUUUUAGUGAAAUGAUAUAUAGACAAUUUCCUACGCAAACGUUCGUAAAUUUUACCAAGAGUACGGAUGGGUCUUCAGGAUAG